AUGGCUGUCUCUUCUGGUCGUGUAGCUGUUGUGCGCAAACUCCUAGAACUUGGGGCAUCACCGACAAUUCGCGACAAUACUAAUUCCACCUGCCUUCAUCUUGCUGCUCGUGCCUGUGCACCGUCUAUGGUAGCGGCACUUUUGGAAAAAGAAGAAAUGCGCUUAGAUGUGGAUGCUCUCGAUGACGAUAACAGGACAGCAUUGAUGCUAGUGGCUAUGUAUGACAUGGUGGACACGAAGAUUGCUGAAAUGCUAUGUGAUGCCGGAGCACAAGUGAAUUGUGAUGGAGACAACAGUUUGACGACAUGGAGAGGAAGAACAGCACUUCAUUUUGCUGCAAAGUACAAUAACCCUCGAGUGGUAGCCUUUCUGUUAGAGAAGAAUGCGAACAAGGACUGUCAGGAUUAUGAGUGUUGUACUCCUUUGCAUUUGGCUGCAUCGGAAAACCAUGUGGAACCUGCGAAAGAGCUUCUGAAAGUCGGUGCAAGUGUGAUGCUGAGGAAUGAUAAGUAUCAAACGCCCUAUGAUACGGCACUCGUGAACAACAGCAAAGAUGUUGCGGCAUUGCUUGUCUCCGGUGAUAACCUUCGCGUCCAGCUGUAUUCAAACAAUGGAGAAAUAUUUGCUUCUUCCUCUUCACCAAGCUUCAAGUGCGCCAAAGUGUUGAUGGCAAGACAUAUGCGGAACUCUCGUGGUCCUCAUUCCUCCAUGAAUUCGCCGAAAUCCACUCAGUCGACACCGACGCGAUGCUCGGUUUCCUCUCCUUACAAUCACUCCAGUACCCCUCAUUCCGUAGCGGCGUUCGGGUCGAAAAAAAAAGAACUUACUCGUCACCUCAGUAUCCAAAUCCCGUCACGAAUCUCAUGGAAGGUUCCCUUCCGUCUCCACUCUGUUUCCAGUCAUCAGGCCGUUAUUAUGGAAACGUCGCCACGACCGCCUGAUGAAAUAUCAUCGUCCACCAUUUGCACUGAACGAGGAAUUUUUAUUCGCAGCCUCAAGAGAGAAACGAGGCUUUAUUACGCUUUCCAUGCUCAGGUUCUCGCUUCUCCUGGAUUCUUUGACUCUGGCCUCGCAACGAUGACAGAUCGCAGCUCUUACGAUCACAGUGGUCCAUGGUCAGGUAAUGAAGGAUUCUCCAAAUUGAAAGAACGGAUCGAAUCAGCACACGAAUGGGUAAUCUGCAGCGAUGGAUACAUUGUUUAA